AUGGUCUCCAAAUUUCUUAUUGCUGGUUUUUGCCUGCUUAGUGUUACCCUCGCUCUUCCGAACCCAGAAGAGCCCAGCAAUACCAAACGUCGGCAGUAUGUUCAACCGCUAGCGGGAGCAGCUCAAGUCCCCCGAAACGUGCAAUUCGCUGUCCCAGCAAUGCCCGCUGCACCUCCUCCAAUGAUGGCAGCAGCUCCAGCGAUCGCACUUCAACCAGCCGUCGUUGCUCCCACUGGGCAAUGCCCUGGCGGACCAUCGCUUCCUAUUGAAUGCGACCCGAAGCGACCAUGGCCACAGUGCCCUCCUCAGUCCUAUUGCUACGCUACCAACUCCGUCGACAUCGGACCAUAUUUCUGCUGCCCCGUUUGGUCAACUUAUGGCGCGGCCUGGAGACCAGCUACCCCAUUCUACAACUAUGUCCCACCAAUGCCAGCAAACUGGCCUGAUGUGAUGAAGAUGACUGCCAAUUGGCCAGCAGCGGCUGUUGCAUUCCCGGUCAAGGCUAGAAAGCCGGUGUCAACUCAAGGCGAAGAAGAGGAGGAGAGCAAAAUUGGAUCGUCCAUCAAUGAAUGGAUGGAGAGGCAAGCCAAGCUGUAA